UGAACACCGUAUCUGGUUCCGGCCCUACUGACGAAUUUUUUUAAUAGGAAACGUGACCUCUAGGAAAGUACUUAAUUCAAGAAAUGGCACAGGUCAACUGACUUACUAUCCUUACUACUUGGUCUCAUUUAGACUUCGCGGGCUUCGUGACUGUGCGUUACGACCCGCAGUAACAUGACUGACACACCUGAGGAAGUAAGUUUGACGAUGGCUCUUCGCCAUUUGCGUAAUCAGUACUGUUGAAUAUCACACAAAACGUAACUUCGCAAGAAAGAAACAAUUGUUUGCAAAGGUGUACAUCAAAAUAAUCUAACUGCUUUAAUCACACCCACUCUCCCUAUUUUGGGCAAAAUUCUGUCCGUUCCGGGUAAAUCUAGGAGAAAUCACAAUAGGAAACUUUGGGGAAAUGGCACAAAAUCCCCAAAAUGUUUGAAUGAAUUUCGGUUUUCCCCCAUAUAUUCCACAGAAUCUUACAACACGUUGGGGGUUUUUCCCCGAAAUUUACCCAGAGUUCCCCAAAAUGGUAUCUGGCAGUGAUGGGAAGUCAUUUACAUACUUAGUUUCCUAAAGUAGAAGUUAGAAAUCUAUUCUUCAAAAAGCAAAAUGAAAAAACCAGCUAAUACAACUGAUGUGUCGGAUAGUUCUAACUCACUUCCUAAUACUGAUAAAUCUUUGUCAUCUGGACAAUUCCCAAACGGGAUUAAUGAGAAACUUUUAAAGCAACUCACCAACGUCAUGUUGGUCUCUGGAUCUGGUAGUUCUAGUGGUGUGACAGAAAAGAAGUCUAAAAAUGACUAUCGAUUCUGGAGAACACAGCCAGUUCCUGACCUCACUGAAGAGAUUACUGACAACGGUCCAAUUGAACCAGAUUCAAAACAUGAAGAUAUCCGCUCACAGCCUUAUACAUUACCCGAAGGAUUUUAUUGGUGUGAAGUUUCUCUGGAUGAUGAAACUGAGCUACAAGAAUUGUAUGAUCUUCUGUAUGAAAAUUAUGUUGAAGACGAUGAUCAUCUCUUCCGAUUUGAUUAUUCCAAGCAUUUUUUACAGUGGAUCUUAAAGUCACCUGGUUGGCAUAAAGAUUGGCAUGUUGGACUUCGUGUAACUAAAAGUAAAAAACUGGUUGGAUUUAUAGCAGCUAUUCCAUGCCACCUACAGAUAUAUGAUAAAGCAAAACAGCUGGUUGAAGUCAACUAUCUUUGUGUCCAUAAAAAAUUACGUUCUAAACGUAUGGCCCCUGUACUGAUUCGAGAAGUAACUCGUCGUGUUCAUCUACGUGGGAGAUUUCAGGCUUUGUUUACGAGUGGAACUUUACUUCCAAAACCAGUCAGCAAAUGUCGAUAUUGGCAUCGUCCUCUCAAUCCACGUAAACUUCUUGAAUGUGGAUUUUCACAUCUUACUCACAACAUGACUCUUCAACGAACAAUUAAACUAUACAGAUUACCUGAAGCUCCUCUUGUCAAAGGUUUUCGUCAAAUGACAAAAAAAGAUGUUCCCAAAGCAUGGCCUUUAUUAUCUGAGUACUUGGAAAAGUUUAAUAUUCAUCCAAUUUUUACAAAAGAAGAAUUUCAGCAUUUCUUUGUUCCUCGAGAUGAUGUUGUGUAUUCUUUCAUAGUUGAGAAUGGAGAUGGGCAAAUCACAGACUUCUGUUCGUUCUAUGUCCUUCCCAGUUCAGUCAUGAAAAGCAAACAACACAAUAGCCUUCGCGCGGCCUACUCAUUUUACAAUGUUUCUACGGUAACACCAUGGCCUGCAUUAAUUCAAGAUAUGUUGAUUUCAGCCAAACAAUUAAAGUUUGACGUAUUCAAUGCUUUGGAUCUAAUGGAGAAUGGAAAGUUCCUGGAAGAGUUAAAAUUCGGCAUUGGAGACGGUGAUCUACAUUAUUAUUUGUAUAACUGGCGUUGUCCAUUCACUAAGCCCUCUGAGAUUGGAAUAGUAUUACAAUAAAUGCAAUACUGCCGAAAUUUUGCAUUGACAUCUAACAUUACUAAGUACAUCAAAUCUGCAUAUCUUUUCACGCUUUAAUGUAUCAUAUACUUUCUGUUCAGUGAACUUUACAAACCAUUCUGAACCUUUAAACUGAAUAAAUUUUCAAAAUCUCCUUUAAUUCUCUGUAGUUAUCUUUGUCUUAGUUUCAUAAUCGUUCUUACUGACCAAUGAAAUUGUUUUGAAAUCCAUAUAAGCAUUAUGUCGAAUAGCUUAUCAAUUGUCCUCGAUUCCCCUCUCAAUUUCCCUUUUUCUUCAGCUUUUAAAAAUGACACAAAUUGUACCUUACUCUACUGUUAGGGUUUGCCAGUAUUUUUGUCUGUUCUUUGAAAUAUAUUUCUACACAUGUAUACCGGUAAAUCGAUUAAAUUCUUUAUUUCUCAGUGUAAAUUAUGUGAUUUUCAUUUUAAAAAAAACGUAUAAACAAGUAGCGUAGUUAGUGGUUAUGGGCCAAUUGUAAGAUUUCAUUUUGUAUUUUGUAAAUCAACUGUAGUGGAAUCAACUUAUUAGACGGUUUGUUCGGUUGUUUUUAGCGAAAACGUUUAGAAAGAGGUGUAAUCUGAUUACCAUAGCUACCUAGUCAAGCCUUUUUAAGCUUGCACACCAUGUCUAUGUCGAGGUAUUUUAAUCUUGACUAGUGGAAACUUAUGAAUUUGUAAACGAUCUGAGUUCAGUAAUAUAUCUGAAAAAGGUAACAAGAAUUGUAUUUUGAAGCUUUUCAGUUAUGAUUUAUAAAAGCUGGUAAACUUUUUAAUGAAUAAUAAUUUAGAAUCGUGUCAUUACACAAUCGUUUAAGCAUAAAACUGCAUCUAAAAUAGAGUCACAAUCAUCCAUAAAACAAUGAAUAUUGGUAAAAAGUAUUUGAGACUUAACGAUGUAAAAAUUCUUUACUAAUUUGUGAAUACGAGUUUAAUUCCCGCUUCAUCAGUUC